GCUAAGUGCGUUAUUGUCAUUGGCUAAUUUUGUUUGGCUAUUUGCAAACUUCACACUUUUGAGUUAUUAGUACAUACAGAAAAUUUAAAUAAUACUGAGAAACAAUAUACAUUUUUACAUACUUCGACGCCUAUCCGUAGAGUGAUCGAUUUGAAAUGAGUGAAAAUAAAAAUGAGGAGUCAAAUACCCUUAGUAAUAAAUUAACACCCCAGAAACAGAACAAAAUUCGAAAUCCCUUCGACAAAGUGCUUGUGGAAAGGCUACAUCAACCGUUAAGCAGCCCCGGUAUGUGCAAAAUAUAUAAAAGUAAAUCGAAAGGUACGUUUAGAUGGGAUAUAGAAGAAGCUUGUACUCUAAGACCGGCGGAAAUAAUAGUGUGCAAUAGUCAAUAUGAGGCAUCACCAGAUCCAGCUCUGGAGAAGCUUGCUGAAGAAGCUACAGAGAAAUUUUUUUCCCAAGAACUAAUUGUGCCAAGUCCAAUGGAGCCAGCUAAAAAACUGCAAUCACUUAUUUCCAAAACUUCAUCAAGUUCACGUGAAUGUAGCCCUAACAAGCCACAUAGUGAAACUCGUUCAACACAAACCAUGUUAACUUUGCCGCCAAUAUUACCCCCGGAAAUUGAAAAGAUCUUGCAAUCUUUCUGCACAUUUUCGCAGGAGGAAGCAUUGCUCGACGAAUGUGAGAGGACUGCAAAUGGAUCGAUUCGCGUACAUACUGAGUUUACACAGUUUGAUUAUAGUGAUCAUCACUAUGACUCGGAACAGACUGAUGAUGAGAGCCAAGAUGAUAAGAGACCACUGUCAAGUUUUGAAGAACAUGCUCCUGUGGAGGUCAGCCCUGAUUUGAGCAAUAACCUCGUGUCAAAGGGAAUGCAGCGAACAUUCGGAACGCCAUUGCAGAAAUCCCAGAAGCCGUUCAAGAAUAAGAUAUUGAACAUUGGUGAUUUUGAACUUUGUGUUAGUCCGAUACAAUUUGCCACCCCCAAACGAAAUGAGAAUUCCUCAUCGCUAUCUAUAUCACCGGUUGAGGCUGGUCAUGAAGAGAAACUAGUAUCACCCGAAGCCAUGGCAACUUGUCUCGACUGUGUCCAUUCAAAGUUUGAGAGUAAAGGAAGAUGUUUUUGUACCCCGAAUAAUGGGAGGAGUGCCUCUCUCAAGGAAUCCCCGAAAUAUAUGCCAAAGCGAAGUUCUAGUAUGACGAAUCUCAAUAGAAGUCGGUCGGUACAAAAACUUGACUUCAGUAUGGACAUGAGCGUUGACGGAUCUCAUAAUAUGACACAAGGAUCGGAAACCAGUACACCAGAUGUUAAACAAAUGUGGUCUAUAGAAGAUACGAGACAGUUCCAAGACACCCGCGAAAUUCAGUCUUCCACUAAACUAAACAAUUUCGACGAAACACCGAUAAAGGGGAAACGUCGCACGAAUGUCGCGCACGAGAUUAGCAAAAUUCGCGAUUCCACAUUAAGCCCGCUAAAUAUGUCCUUCGAGAACUUUGACAUCCCGCUCAGUAUGGAGAAAAAGAUUGAUUUUGCAUCUGUGGAUCUUAAAUUCUUGAAUGAAAAUCAGACUGUGGUCGGCGAGUCGAGUUUUAAAAGAAUUGACAGCGGCUUCAAUGAGAACACGUUUUACGCGUCAAGUUACUACGAGAGCGCGAUAAAGCCUUCGGAAUUGACGAUUUCCAAGAAGGCUUUGAAGGAGAUAUCGAAUGUUAACUGGGCUCGGGUGGACAGUGGGUUCAAAGAAGAGGAGUUUUAUGAACAGAAGAAGUGUGCUUCGGCGGAUAAAGAGAAUCAGAUGGAUCCGAUGUCGAUUUCUGAUUAUUUUAACGAGGAUUUAACUUUCAGUUGUAACUUUUCGUCUACGCCGUCGAGUAGUAAGCGGAAAUUUAAUUUUUAAUGAAUAUUUUGGUAUGACGUGAUAGAUUAAUAUACGUGGUUUUUUAAGAUUGACGUGCGUAUACGCACUUUUGCGUACAUAACUACGUCUGUUUCGCACGGAUUGUUUUAAUAGUUUGAAAAUAAAUAUAGACAAAUACAAAAUACUUUUUAAUAUUAUUUUAAAUUAAGGUUUUCUUAAUAGGACUUUGCACCUCAGAACUGUAGUUUAAAAAAAAAAUUUAAUCUCAAUUUAAAUUAUUAGUGACUGCAUUGAGAUGCGUAUACGCACAACGUAGAACAUUUUAUAGUUAUUAAUUUUCUUUUCUUCCGUUUUUCGUAAUAAAUAAUAUUAUAAUUACAAAAAAUGACUUCCAUACCUCACAGUAUUCCACAGCACAAAUGUUAGCAUUUUAGAUUCUGAAAUAUCGCUUAGUAAGGUUUCAAAUACUUGUCUAGUUAAAUUAAAGAAAAUUUAUGAAUGCGAAAUAAACUUAGAGCAAUUAGGAUAAAUUAAAUAUUAAUUAUUAUUAGUGGUCACGUCACAUCCUUGAUUUUUUUUUUAAUUCUCUUCAUACUAGCGAAGGUAAAUCGAUAUAUCAACGAAAAUUACCAAUAUUUUUAAAUUUAAGGGAAAACUAGAAGAGUUUCGCGAAAUUUCGUCUAAAACUAAAAUAUUAAUUAUUAUUAUUAGUGGUUACGUUUUUUAAUUUUUUGCAAAAUUCUCUACUAGCCAAGGUAAAUCGAUAUAUCAACGAAAACUACCAAUAUUUUAAAUUUAAGGAAAACAUUCCGCGAACUGACCGUACCAAUGAAUUUCUCCAUAUUAAAUAAUUAUAUAUAAAUUAGUGAAUUUUUGACGUCGUUGCAUAUCCUUAGUUGGGUUGUUAAUGAAUUGUUGAAUUUAGUUUAAGAUUACUUUUAUAUUGACGAUUCUGAUGGUAAUUAACAAAAAUUUUAUCGCGUUUUAUUCAAUUCCCAAUGGGACGUAAUUGUUUGUUUUAUUUUAGACACUUUAAUAUCAGAAAAUGAGCUUUAACACUCGGCCUUAAAUCAGUUAAAAAAUAUUCAAUUGGUAUAAAUAUACGAAAAACAAUAUAACGCCAGAUUAAUUGUUUUAAGAAUAUACAGUAAUCCCCUAUAACGCGUUAGACUCGGCCGCAAUAUAAGAAAUCGCGUUGUAGGAGUAAUCUCGUAAUAUUUUUUGAACAAUUUAAUAAUAGUUUAGUUUAAUUAAAAAAAAACAGGUGAAAAGGUGCGCAAAGCUAAUUAUGGACUUGACAAAUUAUUAUAAAUUUCUCACUACAAAUACGUAUAUAUAUAUCACUUGAGAAAUCUCCGCGUUAUACGAAAACGCGUUAUAAGUAGGAUUACUGUAUAGGACAGUAGUCAGUAACUGUUUUUAGCCGUUUAUCGGAUGUAAAAAUCCAUAAAUUUUAGUUUUUAAUAUUUUUAAACCAGAAAAAAUAUAAAGUCUUCGUAAAUAACUUUUAUAAGAGAAUUGUAAAAUGGAUCAGAGUCGUCAUUGUGUUUUUUUGUGUGUUUAAUUUUUAUAUUUAUAAUUUGAGACUGAAUUUGAGGCCACGAUUUUUAUAAUACGUAUGUAUUUCGAAAUAAAAUGAAUGUUUUUGGUAAUAAAUUUAGUAAAGAUUUGA